AUGGGUGACAUGGAUCCGUCUCUGAUGCAGCAGUACUCUUUCGAAACCCAGUCAAUUCCUAUCUUGAUACCGACCGUCGAAGACCCAAAGCGGAUAAGAAACCGGCUGGCCCAGCGGAAAUUCAGAUCAAAAAGUAAAAAACGGCCAGCUGCGUCAAAGGAGAGAGACCGGACUCCCUCUGCUGGAGGAACUGAACCGUACGGAGCUUCCAAUGUGCAAUACGGCAACGGCCAUGUAUCGAGCUUGGAAGAGAGCAAUUUGAGUGAAAAUUGGACUCAGCCGUACCAUCCAGCUGCCCAGGACAGCGGGGGGCAAGGGGAACAUGAAUCACAAAUAGGAGCCUACUCAUCCGACAAAGGCUUUGACUCCUCAUUCAUGUUGGUUUCGGAUACACAGCGGUGGCCCCCAGUUCGACAUCUCACUCUAGAACAGCGUAUUCGGCAUGUGAUUGAUGCAAAAGAGGAAGUGGGGUUUGAAAGCAUUGACGCAGCCGUAACAUUAUACUACACAGCCAAAUUCCCCGAGAACUCAUUGCUGCGCUAUGCUCAGUCAGCAAGCCGCAGCCAUCGCCUAGGGAAGUUCUUGACCAGCCUUCACGAGAGCUCCGAUCACUGGGUCGGCCGUGAAGCCCGUGGGUAUCAUGAUGGGCAGAUGUCAUGUAUCGAGCGUACAUGCUUGUCUGAAUUGGGGGGUUUGCAACAGCGCGACCCCCCACUGGGUAUUACGCAGAAUAGCAAUAAGCGUGCAUUUAUUACAGAUAUAAUUGGCAGGCUUGUGGCUGAGGAAAUAACAGACACGUUGUUACGAAGUGACGGACAUUAUCUAAAAGAAAAGGUAAAGUUAGCCCUCUCGCGCUGA